AUGCACGUUCUUCCAGUUAUUGGUGUUCUACUUGCUGGUCUUCCAGCGGCCGUAAGGACUCAAGCCAUUGUAUCCUCACCAGGCGACCAUGCUAUCAUCCCAGGAUGGCGUCUUCAGUCGUCUCUCCGCACCUCAAGCGACAUCCCCUCUAUCUCCAAACCGGGGGCCAAUGUUUCCUCCUGGUAUCGCAUCGGAUCGCGUGCGACUGUCAUGGCAGGCCUGAUCGAGAAUGGAGUUUUCAAUGAAACGGACUUGUUCUACUCGGACAAUCUGGAUAAAGUUGAUCAGACCAUGUUCAAGUCUGCGUGGCUGUACAGGGAGGAGUUCACCAUCAACUCCAAACAAACGAAGAGCCAACAUUUCUUCCUUGACACGCAUGGAAUCACAUCCAAGGCAAAUAUCUUCCUCAAUGGACAACGUAUCGCAGCCCCAGAUUACCAGGAUGGAUCGUACACCGGCCAUCGGUACGAUCUGACUCCUCAUGUAAAUUCUGGAAGUAACUGUCUUCUCAUCCAAGCCCAUCCAACCAACUAUCUUCGUGAUCUUGCCGUGGGCUGGGCAGAUUGGAACCCAUUUCCCCCUGAUAAUGGAACGGGCGUUUGGCGCGAUGUGGAGAUAUCGCAAACUGGCUCUGUUACUGUUUCUGCUCCAAGAGUUAUUACGGAUUUUAGUGGCAACGCAGAUCGGGUUUCUGUCACUAUUGAUGUUGAUAUCGCUAACUAUGACGGAAAGAAAGUGGAUGGUACCUUGGAUGGAAUUAUUCAGUCGGACGAUGGGUCGCAGAAACUUCCCCUGCGACAUGACUUCCAACUGAAGGCCCAUGAGAAGAGAACUGUUUCUUUCGGAACGACGAUCAAUAAUGCCCGCAUUUGGUGGCCUGCACUAUGGGGGAAGCAACCCCUCUAUACAGUCCAGGUCAAUGCCUCUGUUGGACAUGGUGUCUCUGAUAUUGGAAAGCGAACGCGCUUUGGCAUCCGGCAGAUCAGGUCGAUGCUUAAUUCCUUCAACGAUACUUCAUUCAGUAUUAAUCGUCAGCCAUUCCUUGUGCUCGGGGCGGGAUAUUCACCUGAUAUUUUCCUCCGCUUUGAUGUCAACCGUGUUCGGAAGAUUUUCCAGUAUAUCCUGGACAUGGGAAUGAACACUGUCCGUUUGGAGGGAAAGAUGGAACAUCCCGAAUUUCACGAUUUGGCAGAUGAGAUGGGGCUAAUGGUAAUGGCUGGUUGGGAAUGCUGUGAUAAAUGGGAGGGGUGGACUUAUAACGACGACGUCGCCGCCGACAAAUGGAACGACCACGACUACACCAUCGCCAACUACUCCAUGCUCCACGAAGCAGGCAUGCUACAGCCCCAUCCCAGUCUUCUCGCCUUCCUCGUCGGAUCCGACUACUGGCCCGAUGGCCGUGCUACGAAAAUCUACGUCGACGCAUUCAAGGCGAUGAACUGGCAAAACCCCAUUAUCGCAUCUGCUAGUAAGCGUGGCUAUGCGAAACCGCUCGAUCCAUCGGGAAUGAAGAUGGAGGGACCGUACGAUUGGGUCCCCCCGAAUUAUUGGUAUGGAGAUCAAUAUGGAGCAGCAUUCGGCUUUGGGUCCGAACAAGGUGCUGGUGUUGGUACGCCUGAGAGGGAGAGCUUAGGGAUGUUCAUGACCAAGGAUGGGAUGGAGAGUUUAUGGACCAAGCCCAAGCAGGGACAGUAUCACAUGUCGCAGAAUUAUUCCCAUUUCCACAAUCGGUCCAUCUACAAUGAUGCUUUGUUCAACCGGUACGGAGAGCCGAGCAGUCUGGAUGACUAUCUCCGCAAAGCCCAGAUACUAGACUAUGAAUCCACAAGAGCCGAAUUCGAAGCCUUCUCCAUCCGUCGGGAUGCCCCUCGACCUGCGACGGGUGUUAUAUACUGGAUGUUGAACAGUGCGUGGCCUAACCUACACUGGCAGUUGUUCGAUUAUUAUCUUCGCCCAAUCGGUGCGUAUUUUGGGGCCAAGAUCGCGAAUCGUCCGGAGCAUCUUGCCUAUGGCUAUGGUGACAAGGCAGUUUAUGUGAUUAAUCAUUCUUUGUUGGGUCAGAAAAGAGUCGUUUCUGUGGACUUGAUUGAUGGGGGUGGGAAGACACUUGGACACUGGAAUGCUGUUAUCCAGACUAUUCCCAACUCGUCGAACAAGGUGAUGAACGUACCUGGCAUUGACAGGAUCCGGGAUGUUGCCUUUCUCCGUCUUGUUCUCCAGGAUCCUCGCACUGGUGACAUCCUCAGUCGGAAUGUCUAUUGGCUCUCUCCCACACAAGAUGUGCUGGACUGGGACAGAUCGACUUGGAUUACCACUCCUGUUUCAUCUUAUUCGGAUUAUAGCGCACUGAGCAAGUUAUCUCCUUCCUCGGUCAAAGCGACUGUCAAAACACCAGGCACUGGCAAAAAGUCGUCGAAACAAGCACAGAUCCUACUGACAAAUAAGUCCAAUUUCCCAGCGUUCUUCGUCAAAUUGACUCUUCGUGACCCGAGAACCGGAAAGGAGAUUUCUCCUGUCUUCUGGUCGGACAAUUAUGUGACGCUAUUCGGGUCGGAAAGCAUGACUGUCGCGGUGGAGUACGACGUGUCUAACAAUCUCGUUCCUCUGACCGUCAUUAAAGGCGCUGGCCACGAGUUCAUCCCGCUUCCCCAGGGCGAGAACGCUACUACCGCCGACUUCCACUCCAUCCGCACCCGGACGACUGAUUCCCCCUCGUACUUUACUUCCGGGUUCUAUAAGAUUGAGGCUGGCCCGCAAAGACCCGCACACUACACUUUCGAGGAGACCAAGUAUGUCCUGAAUGGUCAGAUCGAUAUUCUGGUAUGUUGUCUGAUCCCGUGA